UCUGCACAAAAUAAGUUAUAGUUUUUUAUUUUGUUUAUAAGGUUUUUUGUUAAAAAUAGUAAAUAUUAUAUAUUAAAUAAAUAUGAAAAAAAUAUUUUUACUUGUUGCUGUGAUAAUAACACUGUUGGGUUGUGUCAAUAUUUCGCAGGGUUUACUGCGGCGUUGCUAUCAAUGUCGAUCGCGAGGUGAGUUGGGAAGUUGCAAGGAUCCAUUUUCAUUUAAUGCAACCGACGUAGAGAAUGAGCCGGGACUAUCAGCAAUACCCUGUGCAUCAGGUUGGUGUGGGAAAGUAAUUGAAGGCGGUGGUACCUAUGCAGUGGACGAUUACGACCAAGCUAUACAACGAAUGUGUGUACAACGUGGACCAAACGAUAACCAAGAUCGUUGCGCGAAUACAAUUUACAAUUAUAAAAAAGUCUAUAUGUGCUUUUGUCAAGGUGAUCUUUGUAAUUCCAGUAACAAUUUACAGAAUACGAAAAAUAUUAUAAAUAUAAGCAUCGUAUUGGUUGUAAUUCAGACAAUAUUUAAUUUUAAUUUUUAAUUUUUCUUAGAUUCAUUAUUUACAAAGCGUUAGAUACUGUGUGUGUUCAACUAAAUAAUUAUUAUAAAAAUUAUAAUAUCUCACAGUCAAUUUUUUUAUAUAUAAUUUCUAUAGUAAAUUUAUGUUUUUAUGUAGCAAAUCAUGAAAUGUACUGUUAAUAGGCUUAAUUAUUACUAACUACUAAUUAUAAAUUAAAGUGGCAAUCAAUAAACGUAUGUAUGUAAUUAACGUAAAAGCAUUGAAGAAAAUUAAAUAAUUCAAGAAAAAAUACGUACGUACAUACUUAAAGUAUAUAAUUCAA